AUGGCUGACAACUGGCGUGGAGAAACUUUCAAGCCAAAUGACGCAUGCGCAAUGCUAGCCGAAACUAGGGUACCGUGGUUUGACGCUCACGUCCACAAAAACCCACCUGGUCCAGACUUGAUGGCUUGGUGUAUGGAGAUCGUGGAACCAUGUACACAGUACAGUAUAGGACAGCAGGUAAACACCGCGCACUAUACUCGCGGUGGUGUCGUGUCUCGUCGGAUGGCUGUCCGAGGUUCGAAUGUAGAUGCUGGUGACAGACAGGGUCUACUGACGGACGACGACGACCACUGCAAAAGCUGGAAAGGAGAAAAGGACUUGACCAUGAUAAUGAAUUAUAAUCAUUAUGGACAUGGCGGAAAGCAGCAAAAGAAGCAAAAGCCGACCAUUUUUUUCACUCAUUUUACAAUAUGCUAUGCCUGUAACCGUAUGCCAUACUAUGCAAAACUAUAG